AUGGUUGCCGAAGUACGGGGAGAACGACUUUCCACUCUGGAUGCUGCCAAAAAGUAUAAGGUGAAUAAUGAAUAUGUUGAUGCGUUGAUGGAAUACUUAGAUACAGCAGGGAUAAUAAGAUACCAUGAUUUAGUCGACAAUGCGGCGAAGUUGAUUGACGUUUCUCUAGCAAAGAAUGAGUUUAUCGAACAACUUUUCAACUACAAGGUGGUUGUGGUAGAUGAGUUCCAGGACAUGUACCAAGGAUUGAUGACGAUAAUAGAGAAGGUGGUGAAAUAUCCCACACGAGGCCAUGCCCUCAACACCACAAAGCAUCUUUGUAUUGCCGGAGAUCCAAAUCAAAGCAUCUAUGAGUUUUUGGGAUCGAAGCCUGAGAUGAUGAAAGUAAUCGAACACCAUUUUCCAGAGUUUCCUGAAUUCACUGUGAAACAUUCUGUUAUAAAAGAGUCUUUCAGAUGUACGCCCGAGGUCUUAAAAUGUGCAGUUGAAGUUUGUGUGCCUCAGAGUGAUGUGCUUUCACGAAGUAUACAUUCGGUUAAGGAAUCAAGCCAUCCCCCAGUCAUAAAAGAAUUCAAAAGUCCUUCUGAAGAGUAUCAGUUCAUAAUCCAAGAGAUAAUUAGACUAUGCUGUGAGCUGGGAGGUAUGUUCAAACUUUCCGAUUUUGCAGUUCUAGCGAGAUCCAAUAAGGAGAUCGAAGAUUUUGGCCUGAUUUUGGCCAAUAACUACGGAAUAAAGUCUAACAAAUUAAAUUCAUCGCUCUCUUGGAUCAAGUCUAAAGUGCAAAUAAUGUUGAGUCUAUUGAAUGCACUCGAGAGAACUUCAGGUAGUGAGUUGCCCCUACUUUGCAUCUUGAUGUUCCUUGAUACCGAGUUUGGAAGCAAAGCCCGUAUUAGCAAGAUCUUCUCUCUAAGCCGGACUUGGGGCCGAGAAGAAGGGUUAAAGACUGAUUCUCUUGAAGACUAUCUAAUUGCCAACUCUAUUGGUAAUGUUCGUAAAGGAUUUGCCAUUGAAACAGUUUACAAGACAUCCAGACAUAAAAAAAUUAUCAAGCGAUUCAAUACCUUUCUUGAGAGUAUUGGCACCCAAAGACAACAAUUGGCUCAGAACUAUGCUUCCCAGACCCCUGAAAUGGUUCUCCAAAGUUUACUUUUCAUGAUAGAAAAUCUGGUACUCAAAGACUAUCUCAACACACCCACAGGAAUCAAAAAGUCAACCAACGAAGCAGAUUUGGAUGCUUUGCGUCUCUCGUAUACGAAGGAACUUAACGAACACUUGAAGGAAUUCGAAUUGUCUCUAAAGUCCAGUUACAGCCAUUAUCAAAGUAAAGGUGUUCUUGAGGCUACAGGUGAUUCAUUCGUAAAGCACUUUCUUCGGAAUUAUAACGAAGAGGUCCUAAACAAUUCUCCAGACACCGUGAAUAUAUCGACUAUCCAUGCUUCCAAAGGGCUUGAAUUUCCUAUUGUGUUUGUGAUCGGAACAUCUCCUUACACAAGAGGCUCAUGGGAUGCCCUUCUAACAUCUGAUGAACACACCUCCAGUUCUAUGGCUCGACUUUUAUAUGUUGCAAUGACAAGAGCUAAGAAUCUUGUGUAUUUGGGGUCGGCCGAAGUGUUCCAAACCAAAGCAGACUUAAUGAAGGCAUUCAUUUACUAAACCAAUUUAAGCCCUUCAGACAAGUACGUACGUAUCAUAACCUUAGAAAGUUCAUGCCUGCAUCAAGAAUUUGUAUUAGCUUGCUUAGACAUAAAUAAAGUACACAGAUUAUUGAAGUUUUGAUAAUAUAUCUAAAACUGAUGUGCCAUUCAGCCCUGAGCCUUGAGGAUCGUAUUCGGACUCUUCUCUAUCCGACUCCUCGUGUUUCAACUCAAUUGCAUCUUUAUGAUGGGAUGGGAAGUCAUCACUUAAUCCACCAUCGUACUCAUCGUCUUCGUCUAAUUCAGUUUGGUCGUCGUCACUCUUAAUAAUCUUGAUAAUCUCAGUUUGAUUUUCACGAUCAUACUCCUUGAUUUCAAUAUUUUCAGAAAAUGCUACCGACUUGGACUUCGACUUUUUGAACCGCUUUGGGGGUGGGAGUUUCACCUCCGAGUCUGGAGUAGCUCUAGGAGUGGGCACCAAUUCAGCAGCAGAGUCGCUAUCGUCUUCAUAUGUGGGCAAUAUAUCAUUGUCAUCAUCGUCACUUUUAGCCACAGAAGAAGUGGUAUACGCUCCAGUAUCUUGAUACUUUGCUGGGGCCGAGUCCAGGUCACUAUCGUUUGAGUCAUAGAAAGGCAUCUGCUCUCCUUCAUCAUUGACAACCUUAGCUGUAUUGGAGUCAAAAGAAGGAGAAACAAUCUCAGUAGAGCCUUCACCUUCCUCAUCCGCAACCAUCUCUACAAGCUCAUUCCGAGUUUUGUACAAAGUUGACAACUUUGAGUUAAUGAUAUGUUUCUUUGAUUCGUCUGUCUUCAAGCCUUCCUCGAUGAUAUUCUUCAAAUUGUUCAAAUUCGUUAAAAUUUUUUGUCUUUCAUCUUUUAUGCUAUCUAUGUUCUGGUUUGACAUUUGACACAUCUUCUCCAAAUUGUUGAGUUUUGAUAUGUAGAGUUUGGGCGAUGGCAAUGACUCCGAUACAGAAGGAUCGUUGGGUAAGUACUUCUUGGAUUGGAUUCCCACUUGAUUCAAGUUGUUCUGACUGAUGUCUAUUAGCUCAUUCAUGUGUUUCAAAAGAUCAUUCAAAAGUCCAAGUUCAGGGACGAUAGCAUCAGAAGACUUCCGUUCCGACGAGGGUGUUGAUACGGUCGCUAUUGACGAUGGAUGGGUGAGGGAUUUUCUCAUGGCAUCCAAUUGGGUCUUUGAAAAUACCUGUCUCUCGUCCCAUACACGGACUACUCUCUCAACUUUGGGUUUGAAAGGGCCAUCCAACUUAUGGAAAAUACUGGCAAAAACCCCAGGUAACACGAUGG